UAUUACAGUAAAAGCGCCUGGACGUGCUGCGCCUCACAGUAGCGGGGGAGGAGGGCGACCAACAUGGUCAUACGGAACUCGAAAUUAUCUGUGUAGCUGUCUCUGCCGUUUUAUCCCCCCGACCGAAAAGUGAACUGGCAUCCUAAGGCAUGGCAGCGAAGGAAGACAUUUAUUCCAAAAUUAUUCCCCGCAGACUCCGGCCAAACCGACAAAACGCCGUUAAACACGGCUCGCAUUUGGACGUGCUGUUAUUGAUGGGCUUCCCUCACAACCGAGCGUUGAAGGCACUGGUUUCUACAGGAGGCAGGAAUGUACAACUUGCUUGUGACUGGCUUUUCUCCCAUGUAGAUGACCCUUUUCUGGACGACCCCUUACCCAGAGAGUAUGUACUGUACCUACGGCCUAGUGGCCCUCUUCAGAACCAACUGUCUCACUUCUGGCAGCAGUCACGCCUCACCUGCGGCAAGAACAAAGCCCACAACAUAUUUCCUCACAUCACACUCUGUCAGUUCUUCAUGUGUGCAGACAGUAAGGUGGAAGCUCUAUGUGGGGCUUUGCAGUCCACAGUUAAUCAGUGGAGAGGCCGCUUCCCUAGCCCUUUGCCCUUAGAGCUCUACACCUCUUCAAAUUUUAUCGGCCUCUUCGUCGAGGAGCAGAUCGCUGAGACCCUGAAGAAAUUUGCUUUCGACUUUGCUGCAGAAGCUGCUACUAAAGCAGAUGUACAAGUGGAGCCACAUAAGAAGCAGCUGCAUGUGACUCUAGCCUACAACUUUCCAAGCAGCCAUUUGGCUUCCUUGGAGAAACUGGCAAGAGGAAUUGAAGUCAAGCUCAGUUGCGAUUGGCUUGCUGUUCUCUUCUCACGGGAUGUCAGAUUUGCAAAUCAUGAGACUCUGAAGGUAAUGUACCCAUACAUUCCUCAGAAUGAAGAUGAGCUGGAGCUGGUACCAGGGGAUUUUAUUUUCACCUCUCCAGUGGAGCAUAUGAGCACCAGUGAGGGAUGGGUGUAUGGCACCUCUCUGAGCACAGGGCUUUCCGGGCUGCUUCCUGAAAAUUAUGUUAGUCGGGCUGACGAGUGUGACACCUGGGUCUUCCAUGGGUCGCACUCAUUCUUCAGUGCCUUGCCUUCAGAAAAAAGCAACAAAGAGAGCAGAACACUGGAUGGGCUGCUCAGCAUUCAGUGCCUAGAUAAUUCAAAAGCUGGAGACUCAUCUAUUAUGAAUGUAGUCUGCCAACCUAUGCAGGUACUCAGAGUUAACAGUCACUCUCAGUCCCCUAAAAGAACCCUGUUUGUAUGUCGUCAUGGAGAGAGAAUGGAUGUGGUGUUCGGGAAACACUGGCUCUCACAGUGCUCAGAUGCCAAAGGCAGAUAUGUGCGAAGUAACCUGAACAUGCCCCCUUCUCUGCCGGCUUGGGGUGGGAACCGAGAUUAUGACAUGGACGCUCCCAUUACGGUGUUUGGAGCAAUACAGGCCAGGACUGUGGGUGAGGCAUUACUGGAGAAUAAUACUACUAUUGACUUUGUAUACUGCUCGCCCAGUCUCCGCUGUGUCCAAACAGCCCACGAGAUUCUCAAAGGUAUGAAGCGGGAAGGGAAGUUGAGGAUACGAGUGGAGCCGGGGUUAUUUGAAUGGACAAAAUGGGUCUCUGGAAAUUCUUUACCUGCAUGGAUUUCUCCUAUAGGCCUUGCUGCAGCCAAUCUCAGUGUUGACACAACAUACAAACCUCAUAUAUCCAUUACUAAACUAAAUGUGUCUGAGUCCUACGACACCUACAUGAGCCGCAGUUACAGAGUGACCAAAGACAUCCUGGCAGACUGCAAAAAUAAGGGAAACAACAUUCUCAUCGUGGCCCAUGCUUCAUCUCUAGAGGCCUGCACCCGCCAGCUCCAAGGCCUCACCCCACACAACGCCAAAGAGUUUGUCCAAGUCGUCAGGAAGAUUCCAUAUCUGGGUCUAUGUGCAUGUGAAGAGCAAGACACUGGUGCGUGGCAGCUGGUAGACCCACCUAUCCUCCCGCUCACACACGGACCCAAUCACAGCUUCAGUUGGAGGGAGACUCUACAGCAGGAAUGACAUUCCCUGACCUGUCUGCUAACAGCUCUGGAGGGCUGUGCAUCCUGCUGUCUUUGAUGCACUGGGACUCUGAUCAACAAUUUUGUGCUUGUGUGAUUAAUCUCUGGGACAUUAACAUCAUGUUUUACGUUUACAAGUGGAAUAGGGACAGUAAACUGAUGGAUGUAUUUUAUUUAAAUAUGUGAUAUAGUUAUCUUGGAUGCAGGGUAUUCUCAGGGCAUUGUUAAUCCCUCUUAGUAGGUAAGGCACAAGACCAAUCGCACAAACGGCAUAAUUCACCCAGACUGUCUACAGACAUGAGUUUGGGGACAGCUCGUUCUGUUAAAAACUGAGUCUUGUGUAAAAUUUUUCCUUGAUCUGUCAAAAAUGUGAUUGGCAGGGUAAUAUGUGCAACUCUCUUAGCACUUUUUAUAAUCAUGCUAUGCAUAUUAACUUGAUCGAACUAUAACAUUGUAUUAAGGCACUGCUUUGUGAUUUACUUUUAAUUUCUGUAAGUAAAUAAAGACAUUCACUAACAA